AUGUCUUUACUUAAAAAGAGUGCCGUAGCAGUCAGCUUCAUCUUCAAAUUCCCAGACGGCGAUGUAUUGCGCAGGCCGCAGGUUGCGCUGUUCCGCCGCAGCGGGCAGGUGAAUACAUAUACACACAAACUCGCCCCCAUCUCCGGCGGCGUCGAUCCCCAGGACGCAAACCCCCUCGCCACAGCAUGGCGCGAGCUCCACGAAGAGACCACCCUCACAGCCACUUCCCUGCGGCUCUUCCGCCAGGGCAAGCCGUAUUCGUUCGCAGACGCCGACGUGGGCCGCGAAUGGACAAUCAAUCCCUUUGGCUUCAUCCUGAAAUCCCGCCGCCAGGGCGGCGCCGGCGAAGAGGGCAUCAAAAUCGACUGGGAGCAUGAAGGGUACCAGUGGUUCGACCCCGACCAAGUCACCGACGAUGAGGCCUUCCAGGGAGUUCCUCGACUAAAGGAGAGUCUCAGGCGAGUCUGGUUUGACAUUGACCUGGGCAGCGAGGCGGGCGGCGUCCUGGCAGCUGGGCUUAAGGCGCUGCAGGAGGACCAUGUAAGCGGCGCGAGGGAGCUGGCAGCCAAAGCACUACACAUAUACCUCGACGUGAUUCCGCGAAUCGAGACGCAUGAUGCAACGCUGUGGUGGAAGAAUGUCCGGUUCGCGGCAUGGCAUCUCUGGAAGAACGGCCGGGAAAGCAUGGGCGCCCCCAUCCUCAGCGUCGUCUUGUCCAGCCUCGACAUAAUCGAGCAGCAUCUUUCUCGCGACACGAGCACCAGCGCUCUAUCAGACGACUUUAUCAAACAAGUCUGCGCCGCCAUCCGCGAGUUUGGAGAGACGAGACGGCAGUCUGGAAGCAAAAUCGGAAACACCUUCGCCUCCUUCUUGGAGCAAUUCCCCACGGACAAGCCCCUCAAGAUCGUCACCCUCUCGUCCAGCUCGACAAUCACCUCGUCCAUCUCACACGUCCUCUCCUCGGACUCAGCCUCUGCCCGCCCCCUCGACAUCCACAUCCUCGAAUCCCGCCCGCUCUUCGAAGGCGUCAAAGUCGCCCAACGCAUCUCCGCCAUCGUCCAAACCCGCAAGAAUGCCAACAACAACAACAACAACAACAACAACAACAACAACAACAACAACAACAACAACAACAACGUCACAAUCACGAUUCACACCGACGCCAGUGCAGCCCUCGCCUCUCAGGCCGCACACGUGCUCCUCAUCGGCGCAGAUCUCAUCGACAAAUCCGGCAACGUGAGCAAUAAGACCGGUUCUCUGCCCACUGUGCUGGCCGCCAGGCAUGUUUCCCCGGGCGUCAAGAUCGUCGUCGUAUCAGAAAAGGAAAAGAUCUUGCCGUUUGAGCCGCCUGUGCACGAUGAAGAAAACGACGCUGGGGAGCUCAUCCGCGGGUGGGGAGCCGUUCUAGGGGCGGAACAAGGAUCCGAGGUGAAGUUGCCGGGCGUGACUGUGAAGAAUGUGUAUUUCGAGUGGGUGCCUGCGACGCUGGUGGAUGUCUAUCUCACAGAGGAUGGCAUUGAGGGCACAGAAGAUGUGGAAAAGUGGGCAGGAGAGGUGCGGCAAAGGGCCGAUCGCUUCUUUGAUAAUCUUUAA